GUUAGCAGUGAAGAUGCCUCUAAAACUCUAUUAUGAUCUGGGAUCCCAGCCUUCCAGGGCUGUGUACAUGUUUUUAAAACUCAACAAUAUUCCAUUUGAAGAAGUGUUUGUUUCCAUUGGAGCAGGUGAACACAGACAAGAAGAAUUUACGAAAGUCAAUCCUUUCCAGCGUGUUCCCGUCAUAGAUGAUAAUGGAUUUAUACUUACAGAGAGUGUUGCGAUACUGAAAUAUCUGGCAAAAAAGUAUGAUGCACCCAGUCAUUGGUAUCCAGAAAAUGAUGUGGCAAGGGUUGCCAGGAUUGAUGAAUACAUGAACUGGCAACAUUUGAACACAAGACAACUAUGUGCCAUGCUUUUUCAAAACUUGCUUUUGAUUCCAAGAAUGAAACGUAAACCAAUAGAUUGGAAUAAGGUAAAUUUUUAUCGUAAAAAAGUAGUCGAGGUGAUCAAGCAUUUGGACGAGUAUUUUCUUAGAGACCAUUUAUUUCUCUGUGGAAAUGAAAUCACGUUGGCGGAUCUUCUUGGUGUUUGUGAGGUGGUGCAGCUCUACCCAGUGUGUGAGGAAGGAUUAUAUGAAAGCAACCCGAAAGUAAAGGCAUGGGUGGAUCGAGUCAAAAAAAGACUGGGGCCUGUGUUUGAUGAGGCUCACGAGGCUAUAUUUGGGAUGAGGAGCAUGUUCGACAAAAAUAUGAAUUCCAAGAUGUGAUUUUUAACUGUAAAAUGUUAAACAUGUUAAAUUAAAUUGGAAAAAUAAAUGGAUGUACUAAAAAUA